AUGUCUAACUUAGGAGAUCUGUAUAAAGAUCUCUUUGUAGAGUACAAAAAGGGUAAAAAACCCAGUGUGGCUCAGAAAGAAUUUAAUGAGUUGUGGGCUGAUACGAAGCAGAAACACACGACUAAAGAAGACUUUAAAAAAUGGGCAAGUAAUCUUUUGGUCGAGUACCGCCGAAAAAACCAAGCAACAAAAUCUUCCAAUAUCCUCUACUACUACUCUUCUUCUAGAAAGGUGGUGGUUUUUACUGCUAACAUCAUCUAUUUUCAGAGUGAUAGCGAAAAUGUUCCCAUUAACUUGACAGUCUUACCCAUUGAACAAAGUCGUACGUUGUGCCCCUCCAAACUGGAUUGUACGAAAACUAUUCAAGUCAAAGAAAAUGACACCAAUCAAACCACCUCAGGUGCUCUAAAGCGCAAAGGUCAAGCCGCCGAGUGUGGUGACGAGGAUACAACGAAUGCCCCAAGUGUAAGCACUUCUACUGUGCAGCCUGUACGUGCAACUCCUGCACAGGACAAGCUAAAUAAUCAGAUUGCCCUUCUUCAAGGAGAACUUGACUUACUUAUCCGUCGUAGAGAUUCUUUAAGCGCUGAUGGAGAAGAGCAACGUCAAUUGAAGAAACUACGCGAUAAAAUUGAUAGAUGUAAAAAGAUACUACGAAAGAAAGAGCAGCACAUGCGUCACUCUAAAAAACACAGGCUUUCAAUAAAAUCAAAAAUUGCACUUGCUUGCCGUGACAGCCCCAAUGUAGCUAAUCUUUUCAAGGUGCGCUCUACCGCAGGCCGCCCACGCUUAGAGGAGGAACAACCCGAGUUACUGAAGACUAUCGUCGAUUUGGCAAUGUUUGGUGCUUCUGCGGAGGAACGACGUCGUUCUGAGAUCGUGCGCAGUUGCCGAACACUCACGGAUCUUCAUGACAAACUAAAGGAGCACGGGUUUAAAAUUUCGAGAAAUGGUACAUACCUUCGACUGCUCCCAAAAAAUUAUAGCACCUUGGAGGGUAAGAGACAUGUAGUCACAGUACCUGUCAAACUGAGCCGCCCUGAGGCGGACCAUCACAAAGCUCACCCCGAUCAGCAUUUUUGUGUCGCCACAAUAAGAUCCUUAGAAACCGUGGCAUCUAUUCUAGGGCCAGACCAAGUGUUCUUUCUGUCGCAAGAUGAUAAAGCCCGCGUACCCAUAGGCUUGACGGCUGCAAAUAAACAAGGUCCUUUAUUGAUGCAUGUCGAAUAUCGGGUAUCAUUGCCUGAUCAUGAUUGGGUAAUUGCCGCGAAGCAUAAAUUAAUCCCCAGUGUAUACGCUGGGUGCAUCAUUAAAGCCAAUGAUAUGGGCCGCCCUGAAGCAAUAACGUACUCAGGGCCAACAUACGUGGCUGUUAGAAGCGGCAAACAUUCUUCAUCGACAGCUUUAUCGCAUUCUGUUGACUUCAACAGGCUUGCUACUCUGGACACUUUUAAAGAAAUUAUGCGGAAUGAAGAAGGAAACCUGAAACCAGUUGUCUUGAUUUCAUCUGAUGGAGGACCUGACGAAAACCCGAGAUAUGCGAAGGUUAUUUCUCAUGCAGUAAACCACUUCGUCGAACAUGACCUAGAUGCAAUAUUUGUUUUUACUAAUGCGCCUGGGAGAAGCGCGUUCAACCGCGUUGAGAGAAGAAUGGCACCUUUGAGCCGGGAAUUGUCAGGCCUUAUACUUCCUCAUGAUUAUUAUGGCUCCCAUCUAAAUGCACAAGGAAAAACUAUAGAUCCUAAUCUUGAAAAAAAUAAUUUCCAGAAGGCUGGAGAAGUACUUGCUGAAGUAUGGAACUCUAUGGUUAUCGACGGCCAUGACGUUGUCGCAGAGUACAUCGAGCCCAAUGACAGUGCUGAAAGACUUAUUCCAGAUCGGCCCUCUCCGCAGUGGUAUAGCGAGCAUGUUCGAGAGAGCCAGUAUUUGCUUCAGUCGUCCUGUGGCCCAUGUAUUCCGAAGCCUGAAGAGCACGACGGCAAGCAGUUUGCACCAUUUCUAUUGCGCCAGUCUCUUAGUAUUACUCCUACACAUGAAGGUUUUGACAAAUUACCUUAUGACCUUUAUUGUCCAAGCCUCAAGGAUGAACGUCAGCAACUUGUAGGAAGAAUAUGCAAGCGGUGUGGGUUGUAUUUCUGUACAAAGAAGAAUGCUCAGGCUCACAGUAUUUCUCUUCACUCUCGAACUUCAGAACUGCUUAAUAUUAGUACAGAGACGCAAAAAGUUUGUCCUAUUCGCAUCAUAACGCGACGCUCGGUCGCUUCUAAGGAUAUUCUCUGCGUGGUACGCGAAAAUGAUGAUGCCGAGUGGCUCGAUGAGGACGAUAUAUAUCUGUCUGAUCUUCGGCUAAAAGAAGUACCUACAGCCGAGCAGGAUGCUUGUUCACUUGUUACUUUGGAAAACAAUCAAGCAAACAUAUGGCCCGAGGAAUCUUUCAUUUAA